GACAAGAUAGAUACCCAUUUACUCCAUUAUGUGAAAUGUUUGAUAAUAACAAAAAAUGACAUUUUACAUGUUAAAUAAGAUAAGUUCAAAUAGCACACAACCAAAAGUCUUUGCUUGAUAUUAAACAUUUGCAUGCUGAUCAGUUCAUUCUAACAUAAGUAUGAUCUUUAUGUCUUCUUUUCCAAAAGAAAGUUUCCUUUGUUUAUGUAGUGGCAUGCACAAAACGGUAACAAAGAAGUCCGGAAUAAUGUGACAAAGUAAGCUACAUUUGCCUAGCUACUCACAGAAAGAAUCAGAUUCAGCAAAUUAAAAGAAGCAUCACCAAGGAAAAUGCUAACCAGCUCAUUAUAAACCCUUUUUGACUCUCAAAACUUGUUGCAUACUCUUUAAGAUUAAGUUUUCUUUUCCCAGCUCAUUCAUACUAUUUAGAUUUUUCAAAUUCCUGCUGUAGCUGUCUCUCUAUCUCUUCCCAAUUAACUGGUUUCAUGACAGUGAAGCACUACUGCAUGGUGAUGAGGAUCAAUAUUGAUUGCAGUGGAUGUUACAGAAAAGUCAAGAGAGUCAUUCUUGAUAUGCCAGAGUUAGACAGCCAUCUCCUUGAGAAGCAGCAGACAAGGGUAAUUGUAUGUGGAAGAUUCAUCCCACAAGAUGUGGCAAUCAAGAUAAAGAAAAAAACUAACAGAAGAGUUGAGAUUUUAGACAUUCAAGACUUGAGCGAAGAAAUUGAAGACCAGAAACCAAUCCCCAAUAAUUGGACUCUUCUAGCCACCCAGAAUCAAAUAGAAUAAUAGAAACAUGUCUGGUAUGAGAG